AUGGGGCCGAGCAAGAGACACGCAGCAUCGGCGCCCUUCGGGCAGCAGCAGAACCAAAAAAAGCCGAAAACAGCACCUUCCAAGAUCUUGAACACGCCCAGGGCAGCAAAGCCAACAACAAAGACAACUUCCAGCACGGUUAUCCCGGCGACUCCAGGCGCAGCCGUAGACACAGGUUCGAAACGCAGCAGACAACAAACACCAACCAAAGAGCCCCAGUCAGAAAAACGGCAAAGAACGCCGCAGACAGCAGAGGCGGCACCCAAAGAGCGACCAUCCAAACCACAUUCGCAAAAGCAAGCGGCGCAACCCAGCACACUCCCCCUCGAGCCUCAUGCCACCAUAUUGCGCGAGCUUGACCGCAAAUACGAUGUCCACACUCUCUCCGUCAUCUCGUCAUCGAAAAUGGAGAAGCGCAUCCAGGCAGUCCUCAACCACCUUGCAGAUCGACCGAUCGCUCAUACCACAAAAGAACGAGGAGCAUCGCCACCAACAACCCGGCCGGGCGUUGUGCUCCUACAUAGCCGAGUCCUUGAUUCCAACAAGCUCAUCUCCAUUGCCGAGAUUGUCAAGCAGCGUGUGCGGGAAGGCUACUAUUCUCGGGGAGCGGAAGGCGCGGGCGCUACGGCGGCGUCCAAGAAGCAGGGAAAGAAGGGUUCAAAACUUUCAAAGACGUCAUGGUAUCAAUACAACCGGAUCUACGAUGUUGUGUCUGCACCCGGCGCAGCAGACACCACACCCGGCACGGGAGAUGACGAGGAUGACGACUUUGCACCUAUGAUGCACAGGUUCACAGAAGCCAUGUCGGGAAAGAAAGCCUUGCAGGGGCGGGCAAAUAUCACAACCUACAUGAGCAUUGUCCUGUCACGGACUCCCAUCGCGGAACUGCAGAAGAACCCAGAAAUAUCUGUCCAGGCCAGCACUGACCCUUUGGAGGUUGAGUUCGAGCAGUGGAUGGCCAGGACUUAA